AUGAAUUUAUACUUAGAAUAGGCGGCUGAAGAGCUCGAAUAGGCUAUUUCAGAUGCUGAUCAAUUAUUGGCUCUAACAAAAGCAACACUUCAGAAAUUCACAAAUUAUUUGAAAAGGAAAUAAUAAGAAAAAAUGGAGCGAAGAUUUCAUUUGAAUAACAUCACUGAAGACUCUAAUAGCAUGAAACAAUUAGAUAAAUAAUCAUAUAAUUAACUGAAGAUUUUGGAAUAUUUUAAUAAGUUUCAUAAGGAUGUAGAUAAAUAAUUAAGGGAUCUGAAAGAGUUGAUUCCCUCUAAUCCUUAAACUUACGUUAUUGAAGAACUAAAAUAAUAAGAAUAAAUCAACAAACACAUUGAUUUAAAAGCCCCUCCAAAGCCAAUUCAACAAGAACAAAAAUUUUAUCCAUUAUUCAAAUAAACAAAAAAUACAGGUUCGUCAGUUCAAAACUCUUUCAUCCAAAAUUAACUUACUUUGGGAUAAAGCUAAACACAAUCUUAAUUGCAACUAUAACAAACCUAAAACUAGACUUAAUUUUAGACUUAAUAAAAUUAAAACACAUAAAAAGAAAACUAUUAAUAAAAGGUUUCAACUUAAGUUUAAAAUUAAAAUGGUAAUUUAUUGGAACAGUAGACGGAAACAAUUAAACCCAUUUUGAAAUAGAGAUAGGAGAUAAAGGAAUCGACAAUAACAUUUGGGAGAUUGUAAAAAUUCCAAUAUUAGAAAUUAAUAUAUCCAAAAUAAAAUGAAGGAAAUUGUGUAUUUUGUAGUUUGGAAGCAAAUGAUCAAAAUUUAGGACCACUUUUAUUAAUACCUUCUAAUAGUAAUUAAAAUGAAAAAUAUCAAUUACAUGAAAUGUGUGGAUUGUGGAGUUAGAACUUAGUCUUUUUUAGUAAUUUAGAGUAAUGUGAUCCUAAGAACAUUGAUGAUGAAGUGGAGAAAUCCAAGAAAACUAAAUGCUUCCUGUGUAGUAGAUCUGGGGCCACUAUAUGUUGUGCAGUAUGUCCUUAAUCAUUUCAUUUUACCUGUCUAAUGAAGAGUUCCCAAACAGGCAAGUUGAUCGAGAACUAGUUUAAAUUUUUUUGUGACAAACAUAAAUAUAAGGCAAGAUUAGAAGUGUAGAAUACAAGUGAUGAAGAGUAAUAACCAAAGAAGAAGAAGAAAGUGCAAUCGAAGUUAAACACAUCAAAAUCUAUUAUUAAGAGUAGUCCAAAAAAAGGGAAAUCACCUUCAUCAUAAAAAGCCUUAUUGCAGUAAUGCUUACAGAGUAAGGAUGAUGAUUUGAAGCGUCAAUGGAUCACAUCUGAUCUUAUUUACUUUAAUUUACCGUAAUGGGCAUCUAUCGAGUAAAAGUUAAGUGAUCUUGAUCAAUCAUUAUUAUAGAAUAAACUGAAUGAAGCUAAGCAUAGCAUUUAAUCAAUUUAAUAAGAAAUCAAACAGGAAUAAAUCAAUUGA